AUGCAAAACCUUCCAUCAAAGCUUGCAUCGAACUUGACCGAGUAUGAGGAAGAAAUGAACAAACUCAAGGAAGACUUCGAUCUGGAAACGCAGUCAAUAACAAACAAAACGACUUCUAACCUGCUUAUUUUCAAAGGCGAUUUUAGUGAAGUGCUUGUGAAUGGAUCGGCGAAAGUUCUCGUCAUGGAAAGUGAGAUCCAGAAUACAGUGUCUAAUAUCUUUAGUGGAAAUGACGCAGCAAUCAAAACACUCAAAGAUAAUAGUUCUGGCCAGCUCAAUUUGACUGUCUUCAACCUGCGCGAAAACAACGAUGAAAGCAACGAGAUGGUUUUGAACCAGAUUCAGGCAUUGCAGUCAUACAGUUAUCAGCUUACGCAAAAUUAUCUUCGGCAAUCUUUUGAGCGCCAUUUUAAUAUCAUCAGAAGUGACAUUGAAGACAUAAAGGCGCUUAUUUCCGAUACUCUUGCUAAUUUUAACGUUACUGCGGGGUCCCUUGAUGAUUAUGACGGUAAAAUCACGACGGCGAUUCAACAAGUUUUAUCGAAUGCAACAGAUAAAUCUUUCCAGUUAUCUCGUCAUUACGCCUCCUAUAUAACAUCACUUGGGAGUUGCUCGGAUAUCUACGGGGAAUACCAAGAGAGUGUAGACUUUCUUUGCUCAAAAGUAUCGCAUGCUGUGAAUCUUUUCUGGAUUUCUCUCGGCUGGGCGUCAAUUAUCAUUAUCAUCAUGAUUAUUUUUGGACAUAAGUUUCAAAAAGCGGACGUAUUCUGCGCACUUUUUGAGGAGCAAGAGAAAAGAAGCUCAAAAGAUUCUGUCAUGAAGGAAAAAAGCAAAAGAGAAAGUAUGCGAUUCCGAUCGAAGCUCUCAAAGGCCCAGUUGAUGGAGAAGUAUGACAUUCUCAAUCAAAUUGAGCAAGACAAGAAGGUUGAAGUCGUCAAGGAAAAAGAGAAGAGCAACAUUGACCUUUUCAUCGACGAUUGUCAAUGUAUUUUGAAAUCCGGAGAGCGACUCCAACGAAACGCGCGAAAGCUGCGAGAGAUCGACCAAACUCAUCUUGCGACCAAGAAAUGGUACCAGAAGCAAGUCUCUCGUCGAGAGUGUUCAUUCAUCGGAACCUCCAUGCACGAGAUCCCUGAAGAACAACAAAGCCUCCGAACGUUUGCACCUGCACCACAGGGAGUCGACCCAGAUCAAUGGAGGAAAUUCCAGCUCUUCAACAAAUGGCAGGGAACCAUCAAGAAGUCAACCGUUUUUUAA